AUGUCGCGACGAAGGAUUUUUUCGCUCGUCGAUCGCGCGCGCGCGGGCGUCGAACGCGUCGUCGACCGCGCGCGCGUGGACGUCGACGUGCGCACCGCGACCGCGCGGAUGCGGAUGCGCUCGACGCGCGCGCGGGGUGGGGGCUCGUCGAGCGCGAUCGGACGAAGAAAGAGCGCGACGCCGAGCGCGGUGCGGGUGACGGUGAUCGAGGACGACGCCCGGGGGGGGGGCGGGGACGCCGAGCGCUCGCUCACGCCGGUGGCGACGAUGGCGUUGCUGGAUAGACACAUUGUGGGCCAAGGGGAGGCGAAGCGGGCGUGCGCGGUGGCGCUGCGGAAUCGAUGGCGACGGCAUCGAAUCGAGUCGCCGAUGCGGGAGGAGAUCGCGCCGAAGAAUAUAUUGAUGAUCGGACCGACGGGGUGCGGGAAGACGGAGAUCGCGAGACGAUUGGCCAAGAUCACGGACUCGCCGUUCGUCAAGGUGGAGGCGACCAAGUUUACCGAGGUGGGGUUUCACGGACGCGACGUCGAUCAAAUCAUUCGCGAUUUGGUGGACAACGGGAUCGCGCUGACGAAGCAGAAGAUGCGAGCGAAGUUUGAGAAGUACGUCGAGGAGUUGAUUGAGAAUAAAAUUUUGGAUUUCAUCUGCGGCGAGGGGGCGAACGACGAGACGCGCGAGGCGUUUCGAUCGCUCUAUCGCGAUGGUACCCUGGACGAUCGCAUGAUCGAGGUCGAUUUACCGGAUAACGCUGGGCAAGGGAUGAAGAUCGAUCCCAGCGGCGGGCCGAUUCCGAUUCACGAGCUCGUGAUCAAGGUGGAUAAGCUCUUUGGCAACCGUAAGAGCACGACAAAACGAAAGAUGACCGUGGCGGAGUGCAAGCCGCUCAUUGAGGAGAUGGAGUUCGACAACUUGUUGUCCGCGGAGACGAUCGCAAAGGAGGCGAUCACGUCGGUUGAGAACGACGGCAUCGUGUUCAUAGAUGAGAUUGAUAAGAUUGUUUCUUCGAGCGAUUACAGACACGGGGCGGACGCGAGCUCAGAGGGGGUGCAACGCGACCUCUUGCCCAUCAUCGAGGGCUCCGUCGUGAGUACAAAACACGGAAAUGUGAACACCGACCACAUCCUCUUUGUUUGCUCCGGGGCGUUCCACAGCGCCAAGCCGAGCGACAUGCUCGCCGAGCUCCAGGGCCGGCUUCCGAUUCGCGUCGAGCUUAAAGGUUUAUCUGAGCACGACUUGUACAGAAUUCUCACCGAACCGGAGAUGAACAUGAUCGCGCAACAAAAAGCACUGAUGAAGACAGAGGGAAUCGAUUUAGUUUUCACCAACGAAGCGAUCGAGCACAUCGCCAAGCUCGCGCACAAGGUGAACAAGACGGUGGAGAACAUCGGUGCGAGACGUCUGCACACUGUUCUCGAGCGCAUCGUCGAGGAGUUAUCGUUCUCGGCACCCGAAAAAUACACAAAGUUCAUCGCCGACGGCGGCGCGGGUGAACUUGUGGUCACCAUCGACGUCAAGGACGUCGACGAAGCUCUCGGAUCGAUGCUCAAAAAGGACGAUUUGAGCCGCUUUGUGUUAUAA